AUGGCCGGUUCACCCAAUUCCAACCUGCGCGGGUUCAAUCACGCCGUGCAAACCCUCCUCAAACAACCGACUCAAUUCCUUCCACACCUCACUAUCCCGACUUUCACGCAUCUCCCCGAGAACCUAGGACCGCAGCUGGUCAAUUCACGAAAGAAUGUUCUGGAAGUACCAGACAAGACCCCGCGCACACCUACGAUUCGCGCGCUAGUGCUCGACAAAGAUAAUACUCUCUGCGCCGCAAAGACAACCGUAUUCCCCCCGCAGAUCCUCGCGAAACUAUCCUCUCUCCGCACGUCUCCAACCUCCCCCUUCAAUCAGACCACAAACCCAGAUUCAAUCCUAAUUGUCUCCAACCGCGCCGGCAGCCACGCAACCUUCGACGGCGAGGUGCGCGAACUGGAAGAACAGCUCGCGCAUUUGCGCAUUCCUGUUUUCCGGCUGCCGGCCGGUGCGGAGAAGAAGCCAUUCUGUGGUGAUGAGGUGGUGCAGUGGUUCCGGGAGCGCGGGGUUGUCGAGUCGUCUCAUGAGAUUGCCGUUGUUGGGGAUCGGUUGGGAACCGAUGUGCUUAUGGCUGGGAUGAUGGGGUCGUGGAGUGUAUGGUGUAAGGAGGGUGUUUUUGAAAUUGGGGAGGCUGGCAAGCCAGAGCGCAAUAUCCUGGAGAAGAUGGAGGUUUGGAUUGAACAGUUCCUUCGGGGGACAGGAGGAUUUGAAGCACCGUUGCCAAAGGGGUGGGAGAAGGAGAAGCAGUUGUAA